GACGCAACUAGCUGUACUUUAGGAAACACCAUUCAGAAGAGAGAAAACCACUUCAUAAGAUCUCUCUAUGCAUCACAUUUUCCCACCAAAAGGAAACACAUGAAGAGACAACAAAAAAACAUGUCAUCUUCACUCAUCUUACCAUUAACCAUUUUGACAGUACUGUCUUUUCUCUCCUUGGCCAUUGGCCACCGUGCUCAACCCUGCAGUGAAGAAUUCCUCAAGCUAGCCCAACAAAAGAACCUCUCAGACUGCAAGACACUGCGCACUCUGGGGGCAGAGUUUGCUUGGUCCUACCACAAUGUCACGAAUAAAUCCAUAGAACUAGAAAUUAUGUUCUGUGCCACACUCCCCACCCCACAAGGGUGGAUGGCGUGGGGUGUGAACCCGGGAAAAAGGCCUGAGAUGAUUGGAACCAAAGCCAUCAUAGCCAUUAAACAUGGCGACGGAACGUGGAAAAUAGACACAUACAACGUCACUAAGGAGACCAGAAACGGUUGCAGCCUUCUUCCGUCGAAAAUCGCGUUUGUGACCAACAUGUCAGUUGAGCAAAAGGUCGCUAAUAGGAACACCAUGUAUGCUAGAUUGGUCCUUCCUUCUGAAGUGUACAACGUUACGAAGCUGAACCAUGUGUGGCAAGUUGGGUAUGACAUUGAAGAUGGACAUCCCCUUGGACAUCCAACCACUCUUCGGAACGUCGACAGCACAGAGGUCAUAGACUUGACUGACAACGGUCGCAGCACUGGACAGUACCGGAGUUAUCUUAGAUCGGUACAUGGAGUUCUGAACAUUAUUGGGUGGGGAACACUGUUGCCGAUUGGAAUUAUUACUGCAAGGUACUUUCGGGUGUUUCCUUUCAAAUGGGAGCCAAUGUGGUUUAACCUGCACAUUGGUUGCCAAUUAACUGGUUUUCUCGUUGGCAUCACUGGAUGGGCUAUUGGAUUAAGUCUCGGGCAUUCUUCUAGAUACUACACCUUCCACGCUCAUCGAAACUAUGGCAUUCUCAUUUUCACCCUUAGCACAGUCCAGAUGUUGGCUUUUCGCUUGAAGCCAAAGGUGACGGAUGAUUACCGGAAAUAUUGGAAUAUGUACCAUCAUUUUCUUGGUUAUGGGUUGCUGGCUAUCAUAUUCAUAAACAUAUUCAAAGGAAUUACCAUUUUGGAAGGGGGAGUUGCAUGGAAGUGGGGAUACAUUGGGAAUCUUGCUUUGUUGGGUACCAUCGCAUUUGGUUUGGAGGUUUUCACGUGGAUUCGCUUCUUCAUGUUGAAGCACAAGCAGGGACACAAAGCCAAUAAGAACCAACCAGAGCCAGAAGCAAAUUAAAAGUCACAUAAAUUGAUGAGUUGCUUAUAUAAAUAUAUGUAUCUCUAUGCAUCAGCAUUACAACACGCGUCGAAUAUAUUGCCUCAAUAAUGUGUUUUUUGAUUUUGAUACAAUAAUAUUAAAGUGACAUAAGUUGAGUAGCUUAUAUAAAUGUUAUCAAAGAAAUUCUUAAAGAAUGAAAAAAUAGAAUUUUUUUUUAUGA